AUGUUGUACUCCAAAUUCUGGCCCAAGGGUGGUAUCCCGGGCAUGCUCCACCACUACACUGAAUCCCUCGUCACCUUCGAAUACACAACCGGCAAGGUCGCCCAACCCCACAGUCUCCUCUUCGUCGGUGGUCUGGGCGAUGGUCUUGGUACCACGUCCUACGUCGCCGACAUGGCGAAAAUGAUGGAGAAGAGCGACUGGUCCAUCUUCAUGCUCAACCUCACCUCCUCCUACAACUCCUGGGGUCUGGGCCACCUGGACCGCGACACGAACGAGAUCACCAAGUGCCUCAACUACAUCCGCGACUACAAGACCGAGAAGUACGGCAGCCCCGGCAAGAUCGUGCUGAUGGGCCACUCGACGGGCAGCCAGUGCGUGCUGCACUAUCUCUACCGGCCCAACCCCUUCACGGUCGCUCACCCGUUCGACAGCGACCUGGAGCACCUGCAGCGCAUGCCCCUCGACGGCGCCAUCAUGCAGGCGCCCGUCUCCGACCGCGAGGCCAUCCAGUGGGUGCUCCACUGGGGGUUCAACGGCAAGACGCCCGAGCAGGUGCGGGCGGUCUACGACAAGGCUGAGGCGCUGGCGCGCGAGGCGGUGCGCGACAAGGACCCCAAGUUCGACACCGUCCUGCCCCUGGACGUCACCGCCAACAUCUGCUACGGCGCCAACGUCCCCAUCAGCGCCCGCCGCUUCUUGAGUCUCGUGAGCCCCGACAGCCCCGCUACGCCUCAGGAGGACGACCUGUUCAGCUCCGAUCUGAGCGACGAGCACCUCCAGACCACCUUCGGCAAGAUCCGCGACUCGGGCCUGCUCCGCAGUCGCCUGAUGGUGAUGUUCUCCGGCGCCGACCAGGCGGUGCCGGACUGGAUCGACAAGGAGAAGCUGAUGGCCCGGUGGAGGAACGCGGCAAACCACAACGGCGAGGCGGAGAUCUGGGAUGACCAGCACAGCUUCAUCAUCCCCAAUGCCUCGCAUGCGCUGAGCAAUGACGAUCAGGCGGAACCGAGAAGGCUGUUGGCCGAGAGGGUCAUCAGCUAUCUGAGUGCAGUCAAGGGAAACUGA